UAUAGUUGGGGAAGAGAUAGUACUGAGUAGAGGGGAGGAGUUUUGCUCGAUAGUGCAGGAUGGAGUUUCAAUAUUAGUGAUAAGCUGCAAACUCCAAUCCGUAAUAUCCCUUUGAAUUUGCACUAUAUCCGAUAUUUCAAUAUUAAUAAGGUGAAAAUUAACUCCAAUCCGUAAUAUCCCUUUGAAUUUGCACCAUUAACUAGAUAACUAUCAAAUACGAGAUUAGUCAGCAUUUUGUAAAACUCCACCCUCCAAAAAACUCUCCAACUAUGAAUCUUAUCCUUAUUUAGGUAAUCUAAAGCAAAACCUAUCAUAUUUAAAUCUAAGUACUAUUAUUAUCAUCAAAUAAGCCUUUUGGCAGACAUCCUGAAGAAAAAAACCCUUGUAUCUUCCUAACUUUUCAACUCUUUGAAUUAAGAACAAUGGCAAAGAAGGAUGGUAAUCGAGAAGAAGAAAUCUCCCAGAUGGAAGAAGGCAAUAUUACCCAUUCAGCCUCCCAGUCCGAUUCCAAUGUCGGAUUUUGUUCAUCACUUACUGUCGUUGUCAUCGCACAAAAGUUGAUAGCGGAGGCUAUAGGAACGUACUUUGUAAUAUUUGCAGGGUGUGGAUCAGUUGCUGUGAAUAAGAUCUAUGGGAGCGUUACGUUUCCAGGGAUAUGUGUAACAUGGGGUCUAAUCGUGAUGGUGAUGGUUUACACCGUGGGACAUAUAUCAGGAGCUCAUUUUAACCCUGCUGUCACUAUUACUUUCACCAUCUUCGGCCGCUUCCCAUGGAAACAAGUACCUUUGUACAUAAUAGCUCAACUAAUGGGUUCGAUUUUGGCCAGUGGAACUCUGGCUCUAUUGUUUGACGUAACUCCUCAAGCUUAUUUUGGUACUGUUCCAGUUGAAUCUAAUGGCCAAUCACUUGCUAUCGAAAUCAUCAUUUCUUUCCUUCUCAUGUUUGUCAUUUCUGGCGUUGCUACAGAUGAUAGAGCAAUUGGACAGGUUGCUGGAAUAGCUGUGGGAAUGACCAUAACUUUGAAUGUCUUUGUAGCAGGGCCAAUUUCAGGAGCAUCAAUGAAUCCAGCAAGAAGCAUUGGUCCAGCAAUAGUGAAGCAUGUUUAUACAGGUCUUUGGGUGUAUAUAGUUGGUCCAAUCAUCGGAACACUAGCCGGAGCAUUUGUAUACAAUUUGAUUCGAUCCACAGAUAAACCACUUCGGGAGUUGGCCAAAACUGCAUCAUCUCUUCGAAGUUGAGAGCAAAUUCAAUAUAUUUAACUGAAAUUUUAGGCCAUUCACUUUUUAUCAUCCCAGUUCGGAUGUCCCUAAAUCGUACAUUUUUAGGUAUUUUGAGCCAUGAACAUAAGUAUUGGAGCAUUUUCAGCUAUUUUUGCAGCAAUUCUUUUGCAACUUACUGCAUUUUCUUCAAUAAUCUUCUCCCUAUGGCCUCGAUCCCCAAAAGUAAACCGAUGAUAUGUAGAUAGAGCUAGGGUUGGCUAAUGUUGAAAAACACAUGUAUAUAUAUAUUUUUGAAUUCUCGUA